AUGUCCGGUAGAGGCGGUGCCAUCGGACGACCGCGCGGUCGCCCGAACAAGGUCACCAAGCCUCCCAUUGCCGGCGGUCGCGGACGAGGCCAUCGCCAGUCCUCCGUCACGGCCGACCAAAUAGACGCCCAGCUUCGUGACGAUGAUGAGGAAGACCGUCACUCCGUCAUUGCUAAAACUGAACACCUCCCAGACCAAGACGAAGACGGCGAGCACGACGACGUCGUAGACGAGGAUCACCACGGUCCUCCGAAUCACCACCAUCCAGGCGCUCCUUCCCAGCAGCAGCAGCAGCAGCAGCAGCAUCAACACCAACCGCACUUUGACCUCUCCUCCGCCGCCCACGGCCUUCUCCCCAACGGCCCAAGCCAAGCCGCCCAACAACAAGCAGAAGCCAUACACUCCGCCCUCCAAGGCCUCGUCCCCGGGCCCGGCGCCCAUCAGCAGCAGCAGCAGCCGCCGCCGCCGCACUCCCAGCAUCAGCAACAACACCACCAGGCCCCGCCGCCGCCCCCGCAAAAUUUCGCCAUGGAAGCCCCCAUGGACGCCGGCCCACCACGGACCGCCAUCGACCUCUCCAAGGAGAGCGGCUACCCGGCCCUCCUCAUCGACAGCGCCCUGGCCAAGCGUCUCGCCGACAACACGGGCGUUCGCCUCGCCGUCCAGCGCCGCCAGGACCAGGGCCUCAACCUCAAGCGCCGCAGCAACGUCGAGGCCCUGCUCGCCCACGUCUCGGGCCAGGAGGCGCACAGCCAGUGCAAGAGCUGCCACAAGGGCUACGGCCCCUGGAACGGCUGCAUCGUCGUCAGCGGCCAGAUGUGCGGCAGCUGCGCCAACUGCUGGUUCAACGCCAGCGGCUCGCGCUGUUCCUUCCACGGCCUCGCCGGCCCUGUGCCUCAAGGUCUGCCCGCACCGCCGCCGCCGCCGCCCCAGCACCUCCAGCAGCAGCAGCAGCAACAGCAGCAGCAGCAGCUCGGCCCCAACUUUGCCCCCGGCGGCCUGGACCAGUACGUCCGCAGCAUCCUCGACCGGCACGUCCUCGAGGCCCGCGCCGACGACCCCCACGUGCGCUACCAGUUCCGCAUCGACGCCGCGGCGCGGCAGCUCGCGCUCGCGACGGCCGAGUACAGCGACUUCCUGCAGGCGCAGCAGGCGCACGAGCAGCAGCAGCAGCAGCAGCAGCAUGAGCAGGGUCCCGAGGGCGACCACGGGCAGGGCAUGCGGGAGGUGGAGGAGGGGGAGUAG